UAUCAAAGCGCCAAACAUUGAAACAGUUGUCUGUAUUGUCAGUCUUUGUGGUCAUCAAUCAAAUCCAGUGAUAAUCCCAUUGAAUUCAGCGAUGGAUUGGUGCGAGUUCUUAGCCGAAGAUGAACUCAUCGAAAUUAUACCACUAUUUAAAUACAACAAACAGUUGAAUCUAAUUAGUGGUGAUUUUGGUCCAUUUCGACCGUCGAUUCCCAUCAAAGUUCCCGUUUGGUUGGCCUUCAAUCUUCAGCGUCAAAACAAGUGUACCAUUUGUGUACCCGAUUGGAUACAAGAGUUGCCGCAACUACAGGAACAACAAGAGGCGGACAGCGAACGUCUAGUCCCGAUGCCAGACGAUCAGUGGCGAGAACUGCUAAAACUUUUGGAGCAAGAGUUUCAAUCGUCGGUCAACUGUUCGGAACUUAUUGAACGCCGCGAAGCUAUUCUUCGUCUUUCCGCUCAUCAGUUGUUCCGAGUGGCCAAACAUAAGGAGCAGCUGUUCAUCGGUGAUGUGACGCUCAACAACGCGACUAAAGCCGAGUUACAGUCCGUGAAACCAUUAAUUCAAAAGUGUUUUCAAUAUUUACAACAAUUGAGGACUACUUUAGCCGAUAGUCAACACAACAAACAAUUAAGUCAAAUGUGAUUGUAUUUUCAAAUUUGACAUUUGAUUACAUUUAUUGAUUAAUUUGUAAAUUAAUUAUUUAAUAAAAAUAGUUUAUA